AUUUUUCUUACCCCCCUCUUCGGCCUUUGUUACCAGUUGCGUUCAGCGACACGACGCGCCCGGCGCGUUCAACUACUUCCUCCCGGCUUCUUCCACUAUGGCUGGUGUUCCCGAUGGCCAGCAGAUUGACUACCAGAAAAUGCAGCUCAUCGGUAGCUUGAAGGCCGUAGCUGACCAAAUGCGGACCUGCGCUACAAUGGCCGAACAUUUUGUUCAGUCCCUCUCCCAUGUUCCCUUCGGUGGGCCUGUACCCCUGGGUCAGUAUCCAGUUCCCCCACCUGCUACACCAGUCCCCGCAGGCAGGAAGCGGAGGACAGCAGAGGAGAUGAGCACUGACGGCAAGAGGAAGAGGAAGCCGCCAAAAGAUCCUAACGCACCGAAAAGACCCGCGUCAUCUUAUCUCAUCUUUCAGAACGACGUUCGCAACGAGCUCAAAAAGGAGCAUCCGAACCUGUCAAAUAAUGAGCUGCUCUCUAUGAUUGCAGCUCUUUGGCAAAACAUGCCGAAGGAGAAGAAGGAGUCGUACGAACUGCGUCAGAAGGAGAAGAAGGAGGAAUGGUUGCAACAGAAAGCUGUAUACGAUGGACGUACUUCUCCUGGUGCCGCCCCGAUCGCUGCCGCUGUCGCUCCUCCCAUCGCUGCUCCUUUGGCAAUGCCGGCUCAAGUUGUAAGCCCAAAGUCUCUGACCAAGCCCGUAUCGAAGCCUGCGAAGUUCGUGGCCGCCCCAGCCGUUACUCCUCUAUCGGAUGCGGAGGAAUCGGAUGACGAGGAUGGGACUUCAUCUGAUGGUAGCACAGACGACGAUGAAGAGGAGGACGCCGAGGAGACUCAACCCCCGCCGAAGAAAUCGAAGAAAGAGGCAGUGUCACAUAAGGCAGAGCAGCCGCCAGCGAAGGAGAAGAAGCACAAGGUGCCGAAGGCUUGAUUUCAUUGCAUACUUGCGACCAUUUUUGUUCUGCCCGCAUGGGUUGUGUGUUCUCUUGUGAUGACCUUGAAUGUGUGUAUUGCGCGUUGCACUUAGUGUUGGAAUCCAAACAUAUGCGUCGCGAUGCUUUAUUGUUA